AUGCCUGUCACAGAGCUUGUUUUCCCUCGUCCUAACCCGGACCCAGUCCUUUUCGAAAAGCUCCGACAGGUAUUGCCCACCGCGGCGAAAGCAGCAUUUGCCAAUGUUUUAGGUCUAUUCGCAACCUACCGGGGCAAAAUUAUAAGAGCACAAAACAUCUCGGAGGGAAAGGCUAUCGAGCAUAGUGGCCUUAUUAUUGUUUUAGAGUGGGAUGAAGUGUCAUCGUUCAACAAGUUCUGGGUGUCAGAUCAGUUUGCCUCUUUUAGGAAGACCAUGGCUCCAUACCUGCUCAAACCCGUGGCACCGGAUCUGUUCCAUUCAGAAGAACAGGAGAGAUCAGGUCAGACGACAACAGCAAAUUACACCCAGCUUUUCAAAGUCGAGGGUGUGCAAGGCCAGCAUGAAGGAUUAGUGACGAGUACUUGGCAGAAGUUUGUCUCAGAACUUCCAAAACAAACCAAAGUAUUCCAUGCUUGGGGGGUGCAGGACACGCAGCAUGUAUUUGCAGGGAUGGUUGGAUGGGAUUCUAUUGAGGAACUUGAGGCUGCGCAUGAGAACAAGUCUGUGAAGAGGGAGCUAGAUAUACUGGCCACAUAUGGCGAAGUAUUGUCAUAUUUGCUACAGCUAAGUAUGCAGUCGUGA